GUGUGUCUGAUGUUUAUUCAACUGAAACAGAGAUAUCAUUGAUGGAGGGAGAUUCUGUUAUUCUACACACUAAUGUUACUGAAAUACAGAGAGAUGAUCUGAUACUGUGGACAUUUAGAAUUAAUAGUUCAGAGACUCGUAUCGCUGAAAUCUAUAAACAGAUUGUCUCUGUGUAUGAUAAUAAAGAGAAUAAUGAGAGAUUCAGAGACAGACUAAAGAUAGAUGAGCAGACAGGAUCUCUGACCAUCACAAACAUCAACAAAUUACACUCUGGACUUUAUAAACUACAGAUCAUCAGAGGAGAUGUCAAACACAAGAGCUUCAGUAUUGAUGUCUAUGCUCUACUGACUGUUCCAGUCAUCAGUGAUUCUCCUCAAAACCCAUCAGUGUCUGGAAGAUCUUCAGUGUCUAAUUGUUCACUGCUGUGUUCAGCUGUGAAUGUGAGUGCUGUGACUCUCUCCCGGUACAAAGGAAACAGUUUAUUGUCCAGCAUCAGUGUGUCUGAUCUCAGCAUCAGUCUCUCUCUACCUCUGGAGCUUGAGUGUCUGGAUGAUUCGUACAGCUGUGUUGUGGCUUAUUCAUUCACUAACCAGACUAAACAUCUCAACAACACUGAUCUCUGCCAGACGUGUUCAGGUUACACUGGCUACCAGUAG